AUGUCGAACACGUCAACAACUAACAAUAAUAAUAGUCAAAAGACAGCUGAGCCUACUUUGACUUCACCCUCUCAACCUUCUCAAACUUCCUCCUCCGUGGAGCAAGUCCCUGGGAAUAUUUCUUCAAUAACACGUGACUCCACUUCCCACUUACCAUAUACACCAAUCGUUGAAACGAUUGAUGAAAUGGAAAUAGAGUUUACCAAUAAAAAUGAAACACAACAACUUUCAGAAGGAUCUACAUCCGUUAAUGGCAAUCCACCACCAAUGGAGGAAAUCCCCAUGAUCGACAACAUAUUUUCAGCCUCAAACACACAAAUACAAACUUCCUUUGAAGGGUUUAUCCCACGAGAUAGUUUUCCACCAAAACUUACAGACAAAGAAAUUCUUCAAAAACUUAACACCAUCUUUGUCGGAGACAAAGACUUUAUCAAAGUCAGAUCUUUGAAAAAAAUGACGUUCAAAUUUUAUAUGAUAUCUGUGUCGACCAAAGAAAAAUUGUCACACCUUAUCAAAACAUCACCUCCAACCCUUCAUAAUGUUAAAAUUUAUGAAUAUACACAACAAAAUAUAGAUACUCUAAUUGAACGCAAACUCCAAUUACAAGAUGACACUAUCAUCAAAAUAUUAGAUAUCCCUAUCAAUUAUGACGCCACGUUAUUGAUAAAACAAAUAACUGACGCAACGGAAAAACGAAUCACAACUUACAAAGAAAUCAAAAAACCACCUCAAAGAAUCCAAAACCGCAACAAAAAUGAUAAACCAAUUUUUAUCAAACCAAUUUAUAAACAAUUAAUAAUCAGCUUUGAGGACAAGGCUGCAGCAGAUUACUUAUUAGAACAAGACUGGUGCUUAGCCAUUGAGGACUCAGUAGCCAGAAUCCUACCAGGCAAUCCAAAACAUCCAAUAUACACACAACGAACCUCUUCUUUCUACAAAAUCACUGGUCUACCCUUAAACACGAACGCAAGAGACUUAAGCCCUUUAGUGACACACUUGAAGGGACUUACGUGUACUUUUACUCAAACCUCACGCUCAUCUUUUUUCAAGAACGCGUUUAUAUACGUCCACCCAAACGAUAUCAAAAAAGAUUAUACCACAAUUACGGGUACAAAAUUUGGUGAACACACAAUCUUCAUUUUUCCACACACUAACACCAAAAAAACUUGCAAUGUAUGUGGUAACCAUACACACGAAUACAAAAACUGCCCUAGUACUGAUUUCGUUUUAGACAAAAAUGAACUUAAAAUAUUCAAAAAACGUUUCAUCAUACGUAACAAAGAUCGUAUACUCGUCAACGAAACAACCAGACAAACUUACAACCAUGUUAUAAAACUCUCCAAAGAUAAUCCUGGUAACUCAAACGGACAAUCUCGUCCCCAACCGAACACUCGAGGCAAACAAAAUCAAACAUAUAACAACACUACUAAUCACCCAGAUAGGACGUAUCAGAAACCUAAGUCAUCCUGGUCCCAACAACAACUGCCCCAAGAAAUCUUAGAUAAAAUUGCACUUAUGGAACAACAAAUUACUACCUUAACAAACCACGUUAACGUAUUACAGGGUUCCCACCAAACGUUCACAGAACAAUAUUCCUCGCACCACCAACAACUAACCACAAUUGACACUAAUAUAGCGUUGCUUACGCAUAGACAAGAUAGUCUUGAAAAUCAACAUAAAUCCUUGAUGACCCAGAUGCAAACACUCAUCAACACUUUACAAGCAUCACAAACCCCACCCACCCGACAACAACCAGCUAGGAAAGCCAAACGUACUAGUACCCCAUAUGAAAAAACCCCUUUGAAGGAUGUAAAAAAACGAUUCACCCAACCAUCUACUGAAUCGGUAAUGACUGAUAGUGAUGCACUCCCGCUUUCCGAUGAAUAUUACACGGAAUCUGGAGAUAUCUCCGAUACAGGCACCAUUGAAAAUACAUAUGAAGCAUCCGAUCAAGCUACUUCAGGACAAUCGAGCUUCAUCCUCAACCCAUUUAACUGGGGCAAUAAACCUCAGGUUUAA